CCUGGAUACAGCGUAAACACGCCUUCAAACAGAGGUCAGCACACGCUGUAAGUGCGUGUAAAUGUGCUGUUGUGGCUGUUAUGGAGGUUUCUGCGGGUGAUGUGUGUCGUUCCGUGGAGCUCAUCAUAGCACGAGCGGAUCCAGAGGCUUGUCUUGAGGAGAGCUGCGGCGCGGAGAAGCUGCUCACUGAUCAAGUGUCUGUGGACCGGAUGGACAUCACGAAGGGUUUUCUGGAGGAUAUUUCUCGCCCGGCCUCCAGUGAGAUCAGAAGGCCGAGUCGAGAUGGUGGCAGAUCUCUGGAGGUGCUCAGUGCUGACGCCACACACUCAGAGCAGGUUCACAGGUCCAGCGCACAUGAGAGGACUGAUCUAACCGCAGAAAACAGCUCGGAUCAAGAAGAGUCCGAUGAAGAAAAUGAAGAUCCGGAGUUGAGAGAAGCCAUAAAGAAGAUGAAGAGACUGGACCGGGUUCUGGCUCUCCGGGCGUCAGCGGAGAGAGAGGUGAAGCAGAGAGGAAAGCAGCAGCACCAGAGACUCUGGCAGGAGCUUCAGACCGCGAGUCUCAGCAUGAGCAGCAACGAGAUGGAGAACACCAGACGCUUUCUGGCACUGACACCCAACAACCAUCAGGACGGUGAUGAAGUGGAUUUUGUCCCCGUGUUUGAGACUGAAGUUCUCGAUCUGAAGAGUGACGUGAACGCGAGACACGAGACGGACGGUAAAGGAUCGAAGCGUUCUGCAAUAAUUUCUGAGUCGCUGUGUCAUUGUUUCAGUGUUCAGCUGAUGGAGGAUCAGCCGUCAGACAGCAGACAGCGAGGAGCUGCUCGCAGCAAGUGCAGACAAGACUUUGUCAAGAGAAAUAUUGAGCUCACAGAAGCGUCAGGAAACUGGUUUCUGCUCACGCAGCAGGAGAAAGAGAGAAUAGAGGAACUGCUGAAAGAUCUAGAGGAAGAAGAGAACAGCAGCGACCUGCUGACUGAACCGCAGGUGGUCUCGUCGACUCUAUCAGUUUGUGAAGGUUUCGGUCCUGAACCGUCUGAACUCCACAGUCUCCGUCACAUUGACUCCAGACUGCAGCUGCUACUUCCUGUGCAGGACUUCCUGUCUGUGCGGAGCCCGUCGCAGGGGAGUCUGCAGGAGAACACAGGAGACGGAGAGAGACAGAGACGAGACGAGGAUAGACGUCUGCGAGAAAUCCAGCAGCAGCUACAGCUCUUGGAGGAGAAUGAGCCUGGCGGCUCGGCUCGUUUGUCUGACGAUGAGUUGAGGAAUCUGCUGCAGGAAUGUGAGGAGAACAUGCUCCGAUCUCCUGCAGGUUCCUCAUCAGAAUCAUCUCUCGGGACAAGCUCGGCUCUGGAUGCUUCUCCACGUCUCUCCGGCUCGGAUCUGCUACGGCACAGUGAGACUGACGCAAAGAAAGAGGCAUGAAAUAUGAAGGAGACUGUUCUUCUGUUUUCUAUUUCGCUCUGGUUCAUAAUCUAGGUCCUUGUGCUUUUAGAGUUGCACAAUAAGUGAGGACACGAAAGCGUGUUUGUCAUCCAGUCUCUGAUGUGUCUGCCAGCGUCAGCAUCACGGUCAGACUCCAGAACAUCUGAAAUAGAACGUAAGAGGACAAAAUAAAAUGUUCCUUUUCAAAAAUCAAACCAAUAUGUCUUUUUAUUCAUG